UUGUAACCUAAUUCAUAUCAAAAGCCCUUUCAUACCAAGUCUGUUACAUUAUUUGUUUAUUUUGAUUUAAUAUAAAUUCUAACACAAGCACAGGUCACAACAUGCAGGAUCAGGUCUGUGCAUUCAGCUUCAUCUUAACUGUGCUGAUUUUAUCCACAUUCAAAGGUACUUCUGGACUGAUUAUAUACCAGAGCCCAUCAGUUACUGGCAGGGAAGGGGGCACUGUUAUACUGAACUGUACUUUGUCAGAAGAAAAGCUGGGACCUGUCCGAUGGUACAAGGGGGAGAAUCAGCAGCAGCUCCUGUACUCACAGCUCACAAGUGAAAAAUCAGAUCCACGAGUGAGUAGGACUGUAAAGGAAGGCCCUACAAGAAACACUGAUCUUUCCAUCACAUUUACAAAUAUCACCUGGGAUGAUGCUGGGAUGUAUUACUGUGUGAAGUUUAAAUCAGACAAAGUAAAUGUGUCUGCAGCAGGAAAUGGAACCCGACUUUAUGUGACCCGUAAGUACAAACCCUUUAAUGUCACAAUUAUAAUACGGUGUGAAUAG